CAUUUCUCAAAGUUCUAAAAUUCUUUUUCCUAAUUUUGAGUUUCUUAGGAAGAGGCAGAGCUAUGUCCAGUUAAAGGGUUCGAUCAGAAAACUAUACUGUAUAAAUAAGGAAAAACUAAAAUUCUUUUGUGCACAUAUAUAUUGUUGAAAUUUCUAGUGUAGCGGCAAAAGGUGUAUCAAAAUUUCUAAUUUCGUUACUGUUUGUCAAGAUAUGGCAUUAUUUCACGGUUACACUGCAAUAAUUAUGGUUGUUCUCUUAGCUACGAGUUAUUUAGUGAUUUUUUCUGAAGCUGAGUCGUCGUCGUCAUCAAGUCAAUUGUCAAAUGCAAUUUUGAUAAAAGUGGAUCAAUCUGGUAACGGAGAUUACAAGAAAAUACAAGAAGCAAUUGAUGCAGUACCUUCAAAGAAUACUCACCAUGUAUUUAUUUUGGUAAAGCCUGGUGUUUAUAGAGAGAAAAUUGUUGUUCCUUCUGACAAGCCAUUUAUAACAAUCAGUGGGAGAAAAACAACAGUGAAAAAUACUAUAAUUACAGGGAAUGAUUAUGGAGAUAUAUUUAAAUCUCCAACUUUCACUGUUUUUGCUUCUGAUUUUGUGGCUCGAUACCUUACAAUUCAGAACACAUAUGGAAGUGGAGCAAAAGCAGUAGCAUUGAGGGUAGAAGGAGAUAAAGCAACCUUCGUGGGUUGUAGAAUUAUGUCUCAUCAAGACACAUUACUUGAUGACGUUGGUAGACAUUAUUACAAAAAUUGUUAUAUUGAAGGGGACACUGAUUUCAUAUGUGGAAAUGCCGCUUCUCUCUUUGAGAAAUGUCAUUUGCAUUCGCUUUCGCAAUCGAAUGGGGCUAUAACAGCACAACAUAGGCAAUCACCUCAAGAGAAUACAGGUUUCACCUUCGUGGGAUGUAAGAUCACUGGAGUGAAGAGUGCAAUUCUUGGGAGACCAUGGGGUGCCUAUGCUAGGGUAGUAUUUGCUCAAACUUACAUGUCAAAUGUCAUACUCCCCAAUGGUUGGGAAGAUUGGAAUGAUCCCUCUAGGCAAAGGACAUCAUAUUUUGCUGAGUACAAGUGUUAUGGGCCAGGUGCAAGUUCUAAUAAGAGGGUAAACUGGUUAAGGACUUUGUCUAGUGAAGAAGAUGUGCCCUACUUGAAGGAGAGCAUCAUGGGCCCAAAAGGUUGGACUAGGUCCAAGCCCACACAUUUGACACCUUUGUCUAAAACUCUCUCCACCAAGUUCAACAACAAGAGAGGCAGCCCAUGAAACUUGAAAUAUAUUUAUUAAAGAAAUCUCACUAUAUUGUAUUAUGUAUCUGCUUUUUUCUUAAAUUAGCUUAGUUAUUAUUUGAACCCUCUACAAAUAUGACCAAUAUUUUAGUGAAGAUACAAAUGAUCUUGGAUUUAUUAUGUAGAGAGAGUGCUCUAUCUAUUAAAAGAUUAAUGUAAUCAAAGUCGUGUCCUUGUU